AUGCUGCAUGCUGUAUGCGGUAAGGAAAGGGCGUUCCCCUUUUGCCAGCCUAGAUCGGCAGCUCAUUAAAAUAAUCAGCGGAGCGGCGCUUCACCGAUCGUCUCGUUCUGGAUAAUCUAUUCCGAAUUGCGCUUUGUUAUCAACCGACAUAUAGUACGGCAUUUGAAGAUCAGUAAAAAGGUGGUCAGUUGUUGGCUGAAAACCCAGUGGGCUAGUUCGCUUUGCUCGUAGUCCCCAACACAAGUCAUCCAGUAUGGAAUGGAUGCCAUGCGCUGUCUCUGUGGUUGUUUUGUUGACCACCGCAGCACCCACAGUUGGUACGCUGUGUGAUGCUGGUGCAGUCUGUCGAAUAUCCGAACUGGACAUGACUGCCACACCGGAAGGAUUGGCUGUUCUAGCGAAGGAACCGUCCAGCACCUACAUUAGCAUCACGAUCGAACGACUCACUAUUGGGGCGAGCACGAUUGCUGCACUGCUAGUCAACGCAUCGACCAUCACAAACUCGGUGCAGUUCAAGAAGUUCCACGAGAAGAACAUCUUUCUACCCAGCACACUAACCCUGGAGGAGCUAAGCCUGCAAGAGGCGCGCAAUCUACGCACGAUCGUUGUCCCAACUAACAGACAUCUGAAGCAGCUCGAAAUCGCCAAGUGUCCGAUCACGAUUGUUCCACCAGCGCUGCGCAACUUAGUAGCGUUGAGGGGGUUACGCUUGAAGAUGAGUGCAGUCAAGACGUUUAAUCUGGCGCUGCUCGCUAACCUGCAGCACUUGGAAACGGUACAGUUCACGGAUAACAACAUAACGAGCAUUUAUCCACCACAAACUGCGAUCGUCGCGAACAUCCGCAUAGUCGAUCUGUCGUACAAUCAGCUUCGCCGGCUAGACAUGUCGGUGUUGCGAUCGCUGCAGCUGAUGAAAACUCUAACGCUAGACCACAACCAGCUGUCCACCAUCGGGUAUCGGCCAGGUGAGACGGUGACACUACCCAGUCUCACCACGCUGCGAUUGCUCAACAACAAACUAGAGCGCAUCUCCUUUGCGCAGCUUAACGCAACCAGACUGGAGUUUUUGGUGCUUUCCUCUAACAUGCUCAACACCGUGCCGCAGCAUUUGGACUCCUUUCCCAAUCUGAAGCUGCUGACGCUCAGCAAUAAUCAGUUGGCAUCGUUCGAUUUCACCAGCCUGCAAAGUCUAGCUCAUCUUCAAUCGCUUGACUUGUUCAACAAUCGCUUGCGAAGUGUCGAUCUUCCGGGCGAGAUAGUUCUACCCAACCUGAACCACCUGGCACUGGCCAACAAUGAGCUGGAAAGUAUCGCUCUGCAGCAGCUGACCGCUCCACGCCUAAGCUCCAUAGACCUCGGCAACAACCUUCUCGUGACGAUCCCGAACGUGUUCGAGAAGGAAGGCAUGCUACAGCUCCAGUCGUUGAACGUGGUGGAUAACCCUCUAACCUGCGCCACCUAUGACACGCACAGGAAGCACAUUCAGCGGGGGGUGAUCGUUGCUAGCUGGUUAGGGGACAAUUUGGAACUUUGCUCCACCGGAAAAUACUUCACACUUUCCGCCACGCAGCGCGCUUGUUGUAGGGCCUAA